AAAGUAGGUCAUAGAGAAUGUAUACUGAUACUGCCUAGCGCCGUCCAUAUUCGCCUGAUCAUACAUGCGCUUUUCUGCCUUCUUCAUGUCCAGUGCCUGUUUUGUGUAUUUCCGCAGAAGCCAGCGCUGUGAGGAGACAGCUGUUUUCUGAGAGGAGGAUCUCGUCAGACAGCCUCAGGAAAUGGUGAAGGAAGAACAGCACUCGUCUCUCUCUCUGUGAUGGUCUAAUGGCAGACCAAAGAAUGGACAUCUCCUCCACGAUGAAUGAGUUCAUGUCUCCCAGUUCCUCUGAUCUGAUCAGCAGCUCCAUGGGUACGCCGGGCAUGGACUACACCCGCAAGAGGAAGGGCAGCAUCACCGACUAUCAAAUUGAUGGAUGUUCUUUUGAAUCUGAGGCUUCAUGGAUGAGAUUCCUCAUCCCAAGCUCACAGCUCACACAGUCCACUGAGAGUGAAUGGGACAGUAUGGACAUAGACAUGGACAAACAACUUGGAAGGGUCGAUCAGCAGAUGAAGAAUUCAAGGGAGGCUCACAGUCAGAUAGAGAAGAGACGCAGAGACAAGAUGAACAGCUUUAUUGAUGAGCUGGCUUCAUUAUUGCCUACCUGCAAUGCCAUGUCCCGCAAGCUGGACAAACUCACGGUGCUGCGCAUGGCGGUCCAGCAUAUGAAAACACUUCGAGGUGCUGCAAACCCUUACACUGAAGCUAACUACAAGCCAGCCUUUUUAUCAGACGAUGAGCUGAAGCACUUAAUAUUAAGGGCUGCUGACGGUUUUCUCUUCGUUGUGGGCUGUGAUCGGGGAAAGAUCCUUUUUGUGUCAGAGUCUGUCUACAAAAUUUUAAAUUACUGUCAGAAUGACCUGAUUGGCCAGAGUUUGUUUGAUUAUUUGCAUCCUAAAGACAUUGCAAAAGUCAAAGAGCAGCUCUCGUCAUCUGACACAGCCCCACGCGAAAGACUCAUCGAUGCUAAAACUGGGCUGCCAGUCAGGACAGACAUCGCCCCUUGUCCCUCCAGACUGUGCUCGGGGGCCCGCCGCUCCUUCUUCUGCAGAAUGAAGUGCAACAGGCCCCUUGUCAAAAUGGAGGACAAAGAUUUUCCCUCAACUUGCUCCAAAAAGAAAGCUGAUCGCAAGAGCUUCUGCACCAUCCACAGCACUGGCUAUCUAAAGAGCUGGCCGCCCACAAAGAUGGGCUUAGAUGAAGACAAUGAGCCUGAUAAUGAAGGCUGUAAUCUCAGCUGCUUAGUGGCCAUUGGCCGAUUACAUCCUCAGAUUGUGCCACAACCCAUGAACGGAGACAUCCGGGUGAAGCCCACAGAGUAUGUCUCGCGCCAUGCCAUUGAUGGGAAGUUUGUCUUUGUGGACCAAAGAGCCACGGCCAUUCUUGCUUAUCCACCUCAAGAGCUGCUGGGCACGUCAUUCUAUGAGUAUUUCCAUCAGGAUGACAUCGGACAUCUUGCUGAAUGCCACAGACAAGUGCUGCAGAUGAGAGAGAAGAUCAACACUAACUGUUACAAGUUCAAGAUUAAAGAUGGCUCUGUUAUAACUUUGAGAAGUCGCUGGUUCAGUUUCAUGAACCCUUGGACCAAAGAAGUAGAAUACAUCGUUUCAACUAAUACAGUUGUCUCAGGCAGUUCUCUUGAUGGAGCAGAGCCUGGUUAUCCUCAGCUCACUGCCUCCCCCCAGAGCAUGGACAGCAUCCUUACAGCUGGUGACGGCUCGGGGAAAACUGUCCCUGGAAUCCCUGGAGGCACAAGACCCGGAGCAGGAAAGAUCGGCCGCAUGAUCGCUGAGGAAGUGAUGGAGAUACAAAGGAUAAGAGGCUCAUCUCCCUCUAGUUGUGGCUCAAGUCCCCUCAACAUCUCCAACAGCACACCCCCUCCUGACACAUCCUCACCGGGGAGCAGGAAGAUUUCAAACGGUGGAAGUCCAGACAUACCUUCAGCAGGGAUGGUGUCGGGCCAGGACAGCAUAGGAUAUCCUUACUCUAACAGCUCGGUUUUAAGUGAUCAAUCACACAUCUGUAUCGGUGACAUCAUGGACGAGCCGGGCUCCAGCAACGAUGAGGCUGCCAUGGCCAUCAUCAUGAGCCUGCUUGAGGCGGACGCAUGUCUGGGAGGUCCCGUGGACUUCAGUGACCUGCCCUGGCCUCUGUGAGAGCCCUGAAGGAGACCUUCACCCAGUCCUAACGGGGUACGACAUCAAUCCAUCUCACUCGCGUUCAAAACCAGCCAUGACCCUGACAGUCAACGCAUGUGGACAGUUUUUUUUUUGUUGUUGGUGACGUUACGUUUGUUUUUGACACGGUGCCUCAGGUAGCUCCACCCACAGCAAAAUCUCAUUGGUCCACAGCCUCAUUCUACAACUGUGUCAAAUGAGUGAUUUUGUCACUGUUUCAGUUUCAUUGAGGACAAAAGAUUCUAUAGCACCUGGUUGGGACACAAUGUUAGAUCGCUCAACAUCUUACAACACCCAUUAUUAGUGCUGGUACGGUGAAUAAGGGCAUUGUUUCAGUCUACGGAAUGUCAAACAACUAAAUACCACAAAUCCUGUUGGGAUGCUUAUUAAAAAUCAAAUGUGUAUCAUAGAUAUGUGUAUUCUAACAUGUACAAGUAUUUUAUCUGAAUGCACGAUUGAAAUGAACCGAAAGGGCAGCAAUAUAUUUUUUAAAAUGAAAUAUUUCUUUCCGUUUACAUUGUUUUGUUUUUUUUCGUACCCAUGAUUCACGUAGAAAUUGAACAGUCUUUUAGUCCUUCCGACUGUAAAGGUUUGAAGGUGAGACCCACCUUGUCAUAUUUUCAUAUAA